AUGUCUACUCUUCAAUCAAAAUUAAUUAUUCCCCGAGUCAAUGGUAAAUAUGAUUUAAGUGUCCUUAGAGAUCAUUUUAUGAAAGGUGGAAUUAUUGAACAAAAUUGUUUAGUUUCUCUUAUUAAAGAAGCUUCAGAAUUAACAAGAGCUGAACCUAAUUUACUUGAAAUAGAAAAUACUGCCCUUGUUUUUGGUGAUUUCCAUGGACAAUAUUUUGAUUUUUUGUCAGAAUUAUCUGAUAGUGAAUGGGAUAAAUAUCAAUAUACAACUGUUUUUUUAGGUGAUUAUGUUGAUCGUGGGGAAUAUUCAUGUGAAAUUCUUAUUACAUUACUUUGUAUGAAAGUAAAUGAUCCAACUGGAGUUAUUUUACUUCGUGGUAAUCAUGAAUCUCGUUCUAUGACAGAAAAAUUUGGUUUUAAAACAGAAACAAUUUGGAAAUAUAAUAAUGCUAUAUACGAUUUAUUUUGUGAAUUUUUUAAUACAAUUCCAUUAGCUGCUUUAUUUAAAUGUUCUUUAGGUUCUUUCUUAUUAUGUCAUGGUGGUAUUUCACCUAAAUUAAAUAUGUUAGAUGAUAUUAGGUAUAUUAAUAGAUUUACUGAACCUCCUCACAGUGGAUUAUUUUGUGAUUUAUUAUGGUCUGAUCCUACAAAUGAUUCUUUCUUUGCUGAAAAUUCUAAUAUAAAAUGGAGAUGGGAAAGUAUUGGUUUUCUUCCUAAUAGUCCACGGAAUUGUUCUUUUAUUUAUGGAUAUGCUGCUAUGUCUAAGUUUAUUGAAAAUACUCAAGUUAGAGCUAUUAUAAGAGGACAUCAAUGUGUUUCUAAUGGAAUUGAAUUACAUAAUUUUGGAGACAUUGACCUUGAUUCUCCUUUAGCUUUUACUAUUUUUAGUGCUCCUAAUUAUUCUGAUAGAAAUAAAGGUGCUGGAAUGCUUAUUUCUGAUACUGGAAUUAAUGUAAGAACGUAUAAUGGUUCAGACCUUAUUAGUGAUUAUAAACCAAUACUCAUUGAUGGGUUUAAAUUAAGUCUUCAAUUACUUGUUAAAGAAGUUAGUAAUUUAUGGGAUGAUUUCCUUUAUUAUGUAUAUGACACUUAUGACUCUGAUGAUGAAAAAGAAGAUGACCUUGACAUAUCUCAUCUUGCUGAUAAAAUCGCUGAAUAUGAAAAGGUUAGUGAUAUAACUAAUACCCCAUCUUUAAUCCCUUCUACCUCUACAGAAAAAAUAAAUAAUGAAACAGAAACAUCAGUAGUUUAUUCAAAAGAAGUUGUUGAACAUCCAACUGUUAAUCCUACUGGAAAGAAGAGAACUCCUAUGAGAAAAAAAACAAAAAAAUCAACCUCUUCAGAUACUGGUUUAUCACUAAGUUCUACUUUUGAAAAAUACACUAAAACUCAUAAAGCCACUUCUCUUGCUGCUUCCAUUGUUAGUGAAAAACCAACUUUAUAUGAACAUAAAAAACUUAUUAGAGCUGAAUCUGCACCUAUUUCCAUUGAAGAAUUAAGAAAGAAAUGGGAAGAACAUCGUAAAAAUCAUUCUAAUCAAAUAACUAAGGAAUAA